AUGGGUAGGAAGGAGGUAAGAUGCAAGUUUCACCCCAGGAAGAGUCCUGCUCGGAGACAUGCUCCAGUCUCCUCCCUCUACCUGUUGGAUUAUGACCGCAGGAUCGCUGAGUUGGGGUUGGAGCAUGAGCCCCCGGUCAUGCAGAUCUCCGGACAAAGGUUCAGUUUCAGGAAGGGCCGGUGGGUUCCUCAGCUCCAGGGGGGUUUCUGCCAUUCCAGCCAGGGUGAACUGCUGAGGGGUAUCCGGGAGAAGAACAAGGUUCUCCAGGAGCAGAACAACAUGCUGCAGCUGAGGCUGGAACUGACUAUGGACAUGCUAACUGAGGCCACCGCCAAUCUCAUCAUGCUGGAGGACAAAGAGGAGAACACCGAGGAAGAGCAGGUGAACAAAGAGGAAGGGGAAGAGGAAGAAGAGGAGGUGGAGAUAAAGAAAGAGGAGGAGUUGGUGGAGAAAAAAGAGAAGAAAGUAAGUCUAAAGAAAAUUCCACACCAAUACGAGCUGGAUUUGAAUUCUGAAGACCUGGAAACUGCUGAGUUGCUGUAUCCCACCCUAACCACAGAUAGGUACUUAGAAGAUGAGGAUGACCUCUCUGCAGAGGUGAGCUCCAAGUUUGCCACUAAGAGGCGUCAAGGAGAGACCAAGCCCAAAGUCUGCCCAAUGAGACGGGCAUCACAAGCGAGGGCCAAGCUGAGGGCAAGUUUGUACAGCCUCCCGCCUGUGGGACCUGUGGUCCCAAAGUCACCAAAGACCAAGUCCUCGCCAAAAGUUUGCAAGCUCGAGCUGGAACCAGAGCCGCAGCCCAGGACACCACGGCAACGUCGGCCUAGAGCCAGACCCAGGCUGGUCGAGGAAUCAAAUGGAACUUGUCCCUUGAAACGUCGAUCCAGGAUCUGACUCUCGCACAACCUGGUAUUAGAACACGCCCUCUAAUGGUAGGAUGACUUACUGGUGAGA